GCAGAAGUACCGUAGGUGGAAGAAACUACCUCUAGCUACACAGCAUCCAUGGCAGCAGUGGGGACUGCAGAGGGAGGCAUGGACCCCGCCUUGUACAAGGCCGCGACGCAGGGGUGCGUGGGGAGCCUGAGGAAGCUGGUGGUGAAGGACGUCGAGAUCCUCAACUCCAAGACGCCGCAGCGCAACACGGCGCUCCACCUGGCCGCCCUGCACGGCCACCCCAAGUUCGCCCGCGAGGUCCUGGCCGUGAGCAAGGAGCUCAUCGUCGCCAAGAACGCCGACGGCGACACCGCGCUGCACCUGGCCGCCAAGACGGGCAGGCUCAAGGUGGCGGAGCUGCUCGUCGCCCUCGCGCGGGGCUGGCCGGAGGACCCGAACUCAGAGGACGCGCUCCUCAAGAGCCCCCUGAUCGCGACCAACAAGGAGGGCAACAACCCGCUGCACGAGGCGGUGCGGUGCCGCAGGACGGCCGUGGCGCUGGCGCUGCUGGACGCCGACCCCAGCCGCGCCUACGACCUCAACGAGAAGAUGGAGUCGCCGCUGCACAUGGCCGCCCGCGAGGGCCUCGUCCAUGUGGUCCGCAAGAUGUUCGAGUUCACCUGGUUCGACACGGAGUACGUGCCAUCUGCCUCCGUCAGCGGCACGGCCCUGCACCAGGCAGUGCUCGGUGGACACAUCAAGGUCGUGGAGAUCAUGCUGGAGAAGCACAUAUGGCUGCUGGACAUGACCGACUCCAACGGCAACAACGCGCUGCACUACGCGGCGCAGAAGAACAACUCGCACGUGGUGGAGUUGCUGCUCAACAUGAAGACGCAGCUGGCCUACACGCGCAACAGAGAGCAGCAAUCCCCGCUGCACGUCGCCGCGCAGUACGGCUCGACGGCGGCCAUCAAGGCGCUGCUCCGGUACUGCUCCGACGCGGCCGAGAUGGUGGACGGCAACGGCCGGAACGCCUUCCACGCCUCCGUGGACAGCGGCAAGGCGAACGCGCUCAGGUGCCUGCUCUGCCGUGUCCGCCCCGAGCAGCUGCUCAACCGCGCCGACAAAAACGGCGACACGCCGCUGCACCUCGCCGCCAGGAUGAACCGCGUCCACUGCGCGCUGGUGCUGCUCAAGGAUCGCCGCGUCGACCCCUGCAUCCGCAACAAGGAAAACCAGACGGCGCGCAGCCUCGUCGAGGUGAGGUUGAACACCGGCGAGAUGGAUGCCCACGAGAUGUAUCUCUGGAAGCAGCUCAAGCGUCAGGAGUCCACCCGGUGCCUCAAGCAGCAGCUGCCGCCCGUCACCUUCACCGGCGGCAGCAGGAGCUCCAGCCACAAGUACUUCGAGCGCAGCGUCGAGACCUACAUCCUCGUGGCCACCCUCAUCGCCACCGUCACCUUCGCCGCCACCUUCACCAUGCCCGGCGGCUACGACCAGAACAGUGGCAUCGCCCUCCACGGCCACGACACUGCCUUCAAGAUCUUCGUCAUCUCCAACACCGUCGCCAUGUGCAGCUCCAUCGUCGUCGUCUACUGCUUCAUCUGGGCAUGGAAAAACCCACUCAAGUUCAAGGUCGACAAGCUCUUGUGGGGCCACAGACUCACUAUGAUCGCCGGUCUCGGCAUGCUCGUCUCGCUCAUGGCUGCUGUGUACAUCACCGUAGCACCCACAUCAAGAUGGCCAGCUUAUGUUGUCAUCGCCAUCGGCAUGAGCACUCCGGUUGUCGUCGUCCUCAUGCUGGGCAAGGAGGUGGUGUUCGUGCCGCUUUAACUGCUAGUGCUGGUCAUCAAGACGCGUGCUUCGUUUUGUAUUGUUGUGUAAACCUUCUUGACCUCCAUCAGACCAUGUCAAAAAUGAGAAUCACCUAUAGCUUUGUUCUUGUUUCAAGCUUCA